GUUUGUUAGUGCCAUUCGACAUCUUUUUCUCUUUGAUUUCCCAAUCAUGCCCAACGAAUUGGUAGACGAGCGCUUUAGCCUGCGCGUACGGAACUUACCGGCUGUGCUGUCCACCGAGGCAAUCACAUCGCUACUCUCGCACUACGGUGCUACUCGCGUCCGUGUGCUGAAACGGAGAAAUGCAGCGUCAAGCGGCAAAGAACCCGGUGCAGAUCCACCCAAGAACCUUCAAAAGGCUGUUGCAAUAUUUGCAACUCGCGAAGCUCAACAGAACGCGCAGAAGCGACUGCAUUCGCUGGAAUUGGCUGGCCACCGUAUGCUGGUGGAAACGGUUGGCGAUGAAGCUGCAGCCACGCCGAUUGAGACGAAACCAGAGGCCAGGAAGACAGGGGGCAAUGCAUCCAUAAGUUAUCCGCCACCGUUGCCUAAAGGUGUGCCUCCACCGUUGCCACCGACGCCGGAUCCUCUGCAGAAUCGUCUCUAUGCCCCGGCGCCGUUGGCUCCGCACCUCGGUUUGAAUUACGCACCGUCCCCAUUGCUCGAGUAUAAGUAUCCCAGGGCAACUGAGAGUAUUGUGCGCAAUAUCGCUAAUGCACUAAUUGCAUUACCCCGAUUUUAUACUCAAGUACUUCAUCUCAUGAACAAGAUGAAUCUACCUCCACCAUUUGAAGAAGAUACGAUUCCAGGGAGAUUUUCGGUGAAGCAAGAUGAAACGGAAGGAACCCAGGGCAAUCAAUUAAAGCGCCGUAGAAUUGAUCACAGUUUACCGCCACAGAUUGUCGAAGAAGAUGACGAUGAUGAACAGGAUGAGGAGAAUACAGACGCAACUGGAAGCGUCGAGGCCCACCCACAACCAACAGAAUCCAGAGAGGUUGCCAACAAGAGUGACCAUAAGCGAUCGGAUCAAGGUAAUGACUCACUGCCGGUGCUUAUCGGAAAACCCUUGGCACGACAGAACAAAUUGAUAUCGACCAAAAUGAGUGCUACAUUCAGCACAGCAUUUGAAAUUGGAACCGAUAAUCGAAACCACCAAGAAGUGCAACAAUCGACUCGCCUGGGUGUGAUUUCAGAGAAUGAGGUGAAUCGACAACGACUAGCACCUGAAGAGUUACUGAAGGAACCGUUUAUGGAAUCCUACGUCCGUGGAUUACCAUCGAACAGCAUUAUGGUGAAGAACAUCGCACGCGGGGUGGAUGAGAAAGACUUACGCUAUGUAUUCGGCUACGUUUUGCCGACGGAUAUGGCACUGGAGUCGAUGAAGCUUACGCUACUGCCAGCGAAGGGGUUAGCUCUAAUCGAUUACCCCAACGAAGAGGUGGCAACAGCAGCGGUUAAUGAUCUACAUGGCGUUCAACUAGAAGGAAAGACGCUGAUUGUGAGUUUUCACAACACUUCAGGAGACUCGAUAGUCCCUACCGUACAACGUUGGACAUUGGAAGAGUUGGCAAGCAAGCGCUUAGACAAAGCACAAAUUGCUUCAGAGAAGGUCAUGAAGAAAUAUCAGGUCGGCGAGCCUUCAAACUCACUUUACGUGAAGAACCUCGCCAAAACAGUGGACCUGGCAGACCUCUUCGCUGUCUUCGGUGCUAUCCUGCCACCAGAAUCCGGACUCGGAGCGCUGAAUAUCCGCCACUUCACUGAGGGCCGAAUGAAGUGCCAAGCCUUCGUGACGUACCCCACGGUUGAUCUCGCGUCAAGUGCCUUACUCCGUGUGCAUGGCGUCGUAUUAAAGGAUAAACCCUUGAUUGUGUGCUUCCGUAAACCCCAAAAAACUUGAAAUGAACCUGCUUUUGCAGUUCACGCCUCUAAUUUGGUGUUAAAUAUCGCCACAAUUUAAGGAAGUUCGCGCAACUUUGCCUCACUGAUGCUGUUGAUCACCCACAGGUAAUUCACAAUGACUGCCGACGAUACUGCGCUCAACUGCGGCUUCGCUUUGAGCUGUUUUGUCUGCUGACGCAAUGCAGUUGGAUUGAGCUUGUCGGACACGAUGAUGAGCUUCCGGGAGCGAUUCUCGCGCUUGUGCAUCUCUUCGCGAAUUUCAUCCAAAAAUGCGAUCAACUUUCCGCCUCCCAUACAUAUCAAGGUAUUCAACUCCGUUACUGGUGGCAUUGGGGGUAGGAAUUCACCAAUCACAUGGAAACAGAAGUCAGCAAACAGCAUUGUGCCAACGUUUGAGCGGUCAACCUGUACAUCAAAAUACAGCAAAUGAGUGUUAACCUU